AUGCCGGACUUCUCCUUCGUCACCUGCGGGAGCACCAUCAAGCUUCAGCACGCGAGCACCAAGGCCAAGCUCCACUCGCACGAGAUCACCUACGGCAGCGGAUCCGGCCAGCAGAGCGUCACCGGGUUCCCCAAGCCGAACGACUCCAACAGCUACUGGACGGUCGAGGCCAAGCACGGUGAGCGGUGCGUCCUCGGCGUGCCCCUGCAAAACGGCCACAGGUUCAGGCUCAUGCACGCCAACACGCGCAAGUGGCUGCACUCCCACCUCCACCAGUCCCCCAUCACCGGCAACCAGGAGGUGAGCUGCUUCGGCGAGGGACCCAAGGGCGACGAGGGCAACGUCGACGACGACUGGAUCCUGGAGACGUCCAACCCGAAGGGCUGGGUGCGGGACGAGAAGAUCCGCCUGAGACACGCCAGCACCGGCAAGUACCUGCACUCGCACAAGCAGAAGUACGGGCGCCCAAUCGCCGGGCAGUUCGAGGUGUGCGCCGUGCAAGGGAAGGACUCGAACAACCUGUGGUUCGCCGCGGAGGGCAUCUACAUGCCCAUCGACGAGGAAGAGAUGGCCGCGCAGGGUAAGAAGGACGAGCUGUGA